GGCGCCUCUUUCGAUCCGGCCAACGGAGUAAAACUGCGUUUGGAGUUCGCGCAAACGAACACCAAAGCCGUCGCCGUCUCUCGCCUGCAUCGUUGGGGCCAUUCGGCCAACGCGUGCCUCGGCGAUUCCGUCAACCCGACACACCGACACCUCAGACCUGCGAUCGCUCGUGUUGCCCCCCACAACCCUGCCAGUUUCGGCAAUUUCCGGCCGCUUUUCGCCCGACUCGACUACCCCCCUCCGCCUCGACCAAGCCUCGACUCGCCCUGCCCCUCCGCCCCCUCCACCCACCUCGCGCUCGUCCGCCAAUCAGACCCGGCCGGCCUCUUCUCCCACCCAGCAACACCGGCACAUGCCCAUAUCCCAGUCUCCAUGUCACACUUGAUGCCCAUACCGGGCGCCGGCCCGUUCCACGCCGGUCUCCCGGGCCUCGCGCCCACCCUCCUGCCUCAUCAUGUGUUGCCGGUGUACGGACACAUCUUGAAUCAGGCCUCCUUUCUCCCUCCCCUCCAACAAAACACACAACUCCUCUUCACACACCCCACAUCACAUUCCCUUCUCGCCCCACCCACCCACCACCUCCCCCUGUUGCCACCGUCUCGUCUCGCCACCCUCGCCCAUCUGCCACUCCACCAAUCAGGCGUCAGUCUCAACUGCCGACAUAAUCACACUCAAAAUCACAAUCACACUCAAAAUCACAAUCACAACGAGGCUUUUAAUUUCGCCCAGACACCGGCCAACCAAUCAGAAGCGCUCAACUGUCCGAAUGAGUCAGCCGAGGCGCAGGUCUUUUCGCCAUUUGCCCAAAUCGCGGCUUCUGCUCCGCACCGCUGUCAGCCCUUUUCAUACACUCACGCUUUGCCCACUUCCACUUGCCCGCUCUCUUUCCUCCCUCUUCUGCCGCUUCCGCCCGCACACACACACACGCUGGCCUUGACCUCGACGUCGACGCCAACGCCAACGCCGACGCGGACUUCGCCGUUGCAACCGAUGCUCGGUCUGCCCGACAGAACUGGAAUCUUCUGCCGACCACUCCCACCCUCAGCCUCCGCCCGAUCAGUCGUCGCGGGACCUGCUGGCGAGGAGACGACGCUUCGCGACGGUACCGACGAGUCGACGGCUCGUUUGGUCUUCUCGCUCCCGACCGUACCACAACCCGCCUGCCUCGACCUCGCCGUCGCCGUCGCCAUUCAGCACGGCCAAGGCCAGGCCGGUCCGCCAGCCACAGGCUCAGCCUCGCUGGCCGCUCGGACGGCCGGACACGAGCCAGCCACUCAGUCGGUGGUUUCGACCAAUCACGCCACUUGUGCGUCGUCCAAUCACGGCCGCUGCCUGGGUCCCGGCUGCCUUCUGCUCCAGUCGCCCUCGGCCACGCGCCUCGGGCUCGGCGACCUCUUCACGCCACAGGCGCACAUCGCACAACGUCUCGUUUGUCUACCCUCGGCCCAUCCCCUCCGCAACCACGCCGCCUUGCCAGCUUCGUCCGCGCCGUCGCCGUCGCCGUCGCCGUCGCCUUCGGGCCUUUGGCUGCUUGCGCCUUCGGUCACUCCUCUCCUUCUGUCUGGCCCCACACUCGCACCCACAACCACAACCACA